AUGGUUCGUUCGCGUGUACUGUCUUUUAUAUCGGCAUUCGGCGGCCCCUCCCGCAAAGACAAUUCGGGAAAACAACAUUGGACAUCUUCGGCGUCUUUUACCCUAAAUGCCUCUCCAUCACAAGGAGACACAUCCUCUACAGAUACACCCACUCCUCCCGAUGCUUCGCCAGCUGGGAUUACAUCGAUCGCCGAUCGCCGCGCCUCACGGCCAGGUUCGACACUAUUCUCCCACAACCCUCCCUUUAUAGAGGUGUCAAAAGACAUUCCUGCAGAGCUCCAGCCCAUCUUUUCCUUUCUAAAUAGCCACGCAAACAAAUUAUAUCAUGAAGGGUAUUUUCUCAAACUGAAUGAUUUGGACACUCACGGCCGGCCCUGCGCUGAUCGCCAAUGGGUAGAAUGUUAUGCACAGCUCGUUGGAACCGCACUCUCACUUUGGGAUGCUGCUGCGCUGGACGCAGCAGGGGAAGAGGGAGAUGUUCCCCCAACUUUCAUCAAUUUGGCAGAUGCGUCGAUCAAAAUGAUUGAAACGUUACCAACUCGAAAUCGAGCCACCCCGUCUCUGAAGAAUGUUCUGAGCAUUUGUUCCGCGAACCAGAAUCGCUAUCUUCUACAUUUUAACUCGUUCCAUUCGCUGACACAGUGGACGGCCGCGAUCCGUCUAGCCUUGUUUGAGCACACGUCGUUGUAUGAAGCAUAUACAGGGUCGAUCAUUGCUGGUAAAGGCAAAAGCCUUAACAAUAUCCGGGGUAUCCUGGAGCGUAACCGAUUCAAGCACGAGGACUGGGCACGGGUUAGAUUCGGAGCUGGGACACCAUGGAGACGGUGCUGGUUUGUUAUCACGCCUCCAAAUGAGAAAGAACUCCAGAAGGCUCAAAAGUCGAUCAAGAAGAAAUCCGCCUAUGACCGGACACCUAGACUGGUCACAGGAGACAUCAAGUUCUAUGAAACGAAGAAGACCAAGAAAGCGAAACCCAUUGCGACGAUCACCGAUGCCUAUAGUGCUUAUGCUAUCUAUCCUCAAUCUAAACCCUUGAUCGAUCAGUCAACUCUGGUCAAGAUUGAAGGAAAGGUUACAAUCCAUUCACAACCGGAGGCAACGUCGGAAGGGUUUGUUUUCGUCAUGCCGGAAGUCCACCCUGCUGUUCCUGGGUUUGAGAUGAUGAUUCGAUUCCUCAUCCCCACGUUCGACACAUUCAAUCUAUACGGCCGUCCAACUCGCCUCAUUGCGGCCGUCAACAACAUUAAGAGCAUUAUGUUUGCCUUUCCUGACGAACGCCGCUACGGUUAUUUAGACAUCUUGGAUAUUGCGAGCUUAAUGCAAACACCGGGAAGCCAGAAUUGGAGUGAAGCCGAAUGGAGGCAACAGCUUAAAGAAGCAACUUUACGCCGAAUGGCCGCUGGUGGUAGCAGAACAAGCAGCAUGUCAGGCGGCAAACCGCGCUUUCGAUCCAGCCUUCCAAGCCGGUACAGCAAUGUACCCACUGGUCCAGUGCAACGCAAUAAUGCCACAUUUCCCGCACGUCAACCUGGAUUCAAUCAAUCCACCGAUGCUAUUGUCCGUGAAGAAACUCCGGAUGAGUCAUUCUCUGCCGUUCAUCAUACACGGGGUGUUUCUGAUACAACAGGCCUUUCUCCCCUCUCAAAACACCAGCCAGGUUCUUUUGCGGAGAGUUCGCCAUCAUCAUCCGCCCAGGAUUUGGCACAUCACGGCAGAGAGCGGCCUGGAACUAAUGAUUACUACGACCAAAGCAGUUCCGAAGGCGACUCGAGGCAACGUUCGGAUCCUCAGGCUGAGGCAAUUGGACAGCAGCUCCGACCUCCUUCUCCUCCUUCUCCAGUAGUUAUCCCCCCGGCCUUCACCCAUGGGCCAGGAGAAAUGCCAUCGACACGACCACAACCCUCACCUGAUCUGAGAAAAGCGAACAAUAGGAUGUCUCAUGGUACACUUUCCCAACUUGUCGCGGCUUCCGGAAAUAAGAACCUCCUUGGCAUCGACUCACGGGCAGAAGGUCACGAGGCAGAAGAACAUUUUCAUGAGCAAAAUCAGGAAUCGGCUCCUGAAACCUCUUAUCUUUCCGACACUGAUAGAUUUGACCUUCCUCCCAUAUAUUUUGAUUCGGAUGACAAAAGGCCUGUCCCUGAACAACAAGCCCCACCAGCGGCUGAGCAUCGAUCAAGCACUUUUGGUGUCCCUCCAGCCCUGUCAAGUGGCCAAAAUAUCCAACUUCAGGCUAAUAAAAGUUUGAAGAGGAAACCGUUGCCUCAAGAAAACAAGGAACUCGGAAUUCCAAGUCCUGUGGGAGAGCCUAGUUUUGAUGAUCUACGCCACACAGUUGACGAAGAUGCGUUUAACAGAGUCGGUCCUCACCACCCGUCGCUUCCUUCGCCCAUCAAGGAAGGACACCAGGAUGAAGAGAGUGUCUAUGAUGACGCAUCCACUGUUUCCCCUGACUACGCCAGUACUCAUGGGUCCAUUUACAGCAAACGUUCUAUUAAGUCAAUACCAAAGCCCAGAAUGGGAGUCAAGAAGACGGUCGGAACAGCGCCCAGCAAGGAUCUGGUUAUUGGAGAUGCUCAUUACUCUCUUGACAAGCCAUCACAAGCGAACCCAGAUAUUCCCUCCAUCGACUUUGGGCCGACUCUUACUUAUCUACCCACCACUGGACGCCCUCACACUUCGGACGCGCUGAAAAGCUUUGGUCAUCAGAAGACUGAUUCCGAUGUAACCGAAAGACAACGGAUCUCCGUCCCUACGCAGCAGAUGGACCGUGCUCACUCCAGACCACCAAGCCAAGACGAAUUCCGGCGAAGUGUUUUGUGGCAGCCCGGUAUGGCUGGUGCACGUCCAACGACACCGGGAGCUAGUCUCAGCCCUGAGCAAUUUGUGCAACAACGGGCUGCUCCUAGUCCGCCGGUCCAGAUGCACCACCGGACUUCCUCUGCGUCACCGCCACCGGCACGGCCGGUUUCCGGGGACUGGAUGGCACAUACUCGUUCUCAGUCACAAAUGAACCUUAGCCGAGAUGGGCCACCUCGGCCCAAUUCUCGCGGCGCCAGCAGUAUGAUGAAUUACAAUGAUAUAUCCUCCCAUCUCUCCGCCCGAGAACAGGAGCAUGUCGCUCGGAUGACGGGCUCGUCAUUCUUCAAUAUUUCUAGUGAGAAGAAGCAGGAAACGAAAGUCAACCCAAUGGGCCUGGUUGGGGCGAUCGAUGCGCGCGAGAGGGAGAAGAAGGGCAUUAUGGAGGGAAUGUCCAAUCAAAUGGUGCAGCAUGCAAUUGCUCAACGCCAACAUCACUUCCAGCAGCAACAAAUGUCCUCUAGCCCCCCAACUCAGUCAUAUGGAGUCCAAGGCGGUCGUCAUAGCGUCUACAAUCUACCCACCGCAAGCCACACAUGGGAUGCUCUAAACCAGUCCUAUCGGCCAGAGGAGCCGCGCCGCCAAUCCUGGUAUGGCCAGUUUGCUUCUCAACAGCCUCAAACUUACCAGCAAAACCAGCUCUUGGGCCAGCAUUCUGGCUACGUUGGCACCUCUAACGCAAUGCAUUAUUGA